CCGACUAAGGAGCUCGAGGAAUGGCUGGACGAGUGGCCUGCGGUGCGCGAACUCGUGGACGAGCUGGUGCUGAGUCUGAAGCGCAGACAGCUGCAUGGAUCGUACGAGACGGCCAAGAUGACCACCAGCGUGUUGAGCAAAGUGCUGGAGACGGUGGAGUGGUCGACAGCUGGGGAAAUUUUGGAGAAGAUUCGUCAACUCGGUCACAUGCUCACCAAGGCGCACGCUCACGAGCUAGCUAUCGGCAACGUGGUGCGUCGCGUGCUGUACAUCAUUCGUGAGGAGCACUCGAACGCACUUAAGCUGUCGUCGGCGGAUGCGGCUAAUGGCAGCGCAGUGGCGCCCGUGUCCGGCCCGCCUACGAGCCGUAAUAACAAUUUGUCGCGCUCAUUGGGCACGAUCUUGACGCCCGGUACCGACACGGACCUCUCGAUCCCCAUUACGGACCUCAAGCUGUCUGUGAUGGAAGGCAUCGCUGAGCUCGUCGAUGAGAUCGACAGUCUACACGUCAACAUUGCAGACCAGGCCAUGGAAUACAUUCACACAGAUGAGGUGAUCCUGACGUUCGGACAGUCACUGUCGGUGGAGGCCUUCCUGAAGACAGCAGCUAAGAAGCGCUCGUUCAAGGUGAUCGUGGUGGAGUCUGCGCCUUCGCUGAACGGUCAGCACAUGGCACAUGCUCUGGCGGAGAGUGGCAUCCACGUAACAGUUAUCCCGGACAGCGCUGUCUUCGCCUUGAUGGCGCGUGUGAACAAGGUGGUGGUGCCAGCUGCAGCUGUGGUGGCCAACGGCGGUCUUAUCGCGCAGAGUGGCCUGCAGAACAUCGCUCUGGCUGCCAAGAAGUGCUCGCGAACUUCUGGCUCCGUCUAG